AUGGACUGGCGGCAAAAACGGAGACCUGGAGCAGGACUUUACAACCUCGGUAGUACUUGCUACCUCAACGUCAUCCUGCAGUGCCUGACAUACACUCCCCCUCUGGCUAAUUACCUGCUCUCUCGUCAGCACAGCCGGUUCUGUAGUCAGCAGGGUUUCUGCAUGAUGUGUAUCAUGGAAGAUCACGUUCGCAAGGUCCUCUAUUCCUCAGCCAUUGCCAUCCGGCCGAGGGCUGUCAUCAGGGACCUCAAAUGGAGAACUAAUAACUUCUUUCUCUUAGUCAUAGGAGAAUUUAAGCCUGACAUCCCGGGAGACGCCUACGAGUUCUUACGCUUCACAUGCCUGAGCUGCAAAACAGUUUUUGAUUUCUUCAAGGUCUUCCUGGAUGUCCUUCUGAAAAUCAAGGGAGCUUCAUCCCUCACCACAGCUCUGGAGGACUUCGUGAAACCCAAGGAGGUGGAUGGGAAGAAGUACUUCAAAUGUAGCAAGUGCAAGAAGAAGGUUGCAGCCUCCAAGGUGGUCACAGUCCAUCAUGCGCCCAGGGUCCUCACGGUGUGCCUGGGAAGGGCUGAUCAUCGGAGCAGCAGGAAGCUCAGCCAGGUUGUGGAGUAUCCUGAGUGCUUGGACCUUCGGCCAUACACGUCUGACCCAGCUGGAGAGCCCAUCCUCUACUCCUUAUAUGCUGUGGUGGUGCACACUGGUCACACCUGUCUGGGUGGGCAUUUCUUCUGCUACACCAAGGCCAGCAAUGGGCAGUGGUACAAGAUGAACGAUGUGUCUGUGGAUAGCUGUGCCAUCCACACAGUUCUGGGCCAGCAAGCCUACUUGCUGUUCUAUGCCAGAUCCUCCAAUUCACAAAUGGAGGAAAUGGCGUCUUCUUCUUCAUCGUUCCCUUCCGUCCUCAGUCAUGGGGAGAGCAGCAGCCAGGCAAGUUCUGCAUCACCACAGGCUGUGCCUUACAAGUUUAGUGUGACAAGCUGCCAGAGGAGCAGUGCCAGGAGCAGAUCCCCACAGUGGAGCAACGACCACCACAAAGGUUUCAUCCACACCACCAACCACAGCAGCUCAGCAAUGAGGAGGAGGAAGAGAACGACUCCCCCAGAUCAUGACUACACUGACAAGGAUGCCACAGCUCCAGGGCCCUCCAAGAGGAGCUUCCAGCUUUCUCCAGAAUACAGGGUUACUGAGGAACAUCUCCUGCCAAGAGAGAGACGGUACAGCAGACCCUCACAGCAGGGCUACGAGUUCAGCCGACGGUUUGCCAAGCUCAGGGAGUACCACCAGUCAGAAAGCAAAAGGAGGAAGCACUCAUUUGGAACCUGCAGGCAUAAGAGUCAAAGCUAA